AUGGCUUCCUCAUCUGUCUCUGUCCCUCCUGGGAAGUUCGAGUUCCUCGUCGUUGUCCACGACAAGCCCAAUGCUCGCGAGAAGCGUCUUGAAGUCCGAGGUACUCACUUCAAGAACAUGACACCUCAUGUGGAGGAUGGAAGUUGGAAAAUGGGCGGUGCUAUUCUCAACAGUGUCCCUAAGGACGAUAGCCCAAGCAGCCUUGACUUCGCAGGCAGUACGCUUGUCUGCGUUGCCGAGUCUGCGGAAGAGGUACGAGAGCAACUAAACAAAGACAUAUAUGCCACCUCAGGUGUUUGGGACAUGGACAAGGUACAAAUCUACCCUUUCAAGGCUGCCUUCAGAACGAAUUGA